CUACAUAAAUAAAACGGAAACAAAUGGGAAGUUGGAGAAAGUAGAAGACCCUAGAAUACAAAUUGUUCACGCAUAAAUAAAUUGACUGUAGUGUGGUACAUCGCGGCAACUGCAAAUCUGUCUGCUCACAAUUUUUAUUGAUGGCGAUCAUUUCAGAUUACGUCGAAGAAGAAGAAAAAUCUACCCUAAACGCGGAAGCAGAUUCGUCAGCAGCAAAUGGGCCUUACGAUGAUGUUCUGGAGAAACUUGUACAGCAGAAAGCACCUCUUGAUCUUGUUGAAAAUGUGAUAGAUUUCUUGCGGAGGAAGCACGAUUUGUUCAAAGACGAUGCAGCCGAGCGAAAAAUUUCAGAGAUGGUCUCCCUGGCCAAGAGGAAGGAUACCGAAGAAAAGAAGCGCAAAUCAGACCGUCAAAAGGUUGAAAAGACUGAACAGAACAAACGCAUGAAGGAAGAACAAGUCCUGAAUCCGAGCCAAAACCCUAGCCCUAGCUCUAGCUCCAACCUGAGCCCGAGCCCGAGCCCGAGCCCCGAGCCUAAACCCAGCGCAUCAAAUACCAAAGAGAAUGAACUCGAUCCAAAUAAAGGUAAUGGAGCAGAUCUUGAGAAUUAUUCCUGGACACAGACUUUAUCUGAGGUCACAAUUACCAUACCUCUUACACCUGGCACUGUAAGAAGAUUGAUUAUUUGUGAAAUUAAAAAGAAUAGUAUAAAGGCAGGGCUGAAAGGGAAGCAUCUUAUCCUAAAUGGUGAACUUUCUAAGCCGGUUAAAGCGGAUGACUGCUUCUGGAGUAUAGAAGAUGGAAAGGUACUCUCAAUUUUAUUGACAAAGCAGAAUCAAAUGGAGUGGUGGAACUGUGUUGUGAAGGGUGAACCUGCAAUCAAUACUCAGAAAGUAGAACCUGAGAAUAGCAAGCUUUCUGACCUGGAUGCAGAAACACGACAGACAGUGGAAAAAAUGAUGUUUGAUCAACGGCAAAAGGCCAUGGGAUUACCUACAAGUGAGGAACAACAAAAGCAAGAAAUACUGAAGAAAUUUAUGGCUCAGCACCCAGAAAUGGACUUCUCGAAGGCAAAAAUAUCAUAGGAAGAACACGUUCAAUGUUUGCAGAGGUUGCCUUUUGAGAAUCAAUAUAAUUUUUUUGGAAGGAUAUUAGUCUUUUGCCCUUUUAACAUGCUACUCAUUAGAACUGGUACUGCUGUCCAACAUCAGACGCCUUGCUAUUGUAACUUGCAGUAAUUUUUGAAAAUUUCAAUCAACUAUGCUCUUUAGUGGAUGAGAAUAUUCUUUAUUUCUUUCCUUCGUUGGAUGCAUUAUGCUAGUUUGAACAUCAAUGUCUUACAUAAAUUUGGCUAUAAUUGCUUU